AUGAACCUCCUCACCACACUCCUGCUCGCAACCGCGGCCUCCGCCGCCCCUCUCGAGAAAAUGUUUAACCUCGUCACAUCCGGUGCCCCCACCAGCAGCAACAAUGACCUCUACGUUACCACCGAGUCCACUGGGCCCUUGAACAGCAACGCCGUGCUGAGUACCAAGGCCGACGCCGCUAGCUUCUACUUCAGCAACGGAACGGUCCACUAUGAGGCCCCCAACGGCGCGCCCUGGGCCAUGGCUCUUGUCUCUGGUUCCGAAUAUGAAAACCCCGUGGAGAUCAGCGUGGAUCCUACGACCGGAAGCGAGGGCUUCAAGGUUGCAGCAAGCGGUACUUUGUCUGUUGCGCAGCCCAGCUGGGGUGGCUGGUUGAUUUGCACUGGCGGUAGUGACCCGGCUGUGUACUAUGUCAACACCAAGGCGACGAGUGGGGCUUUGAAAGCGGGGUGUGAGAAGGUGCAGCUGAAAGCUGUUUUGAAGCCCUCUUCUUAG